AGUGAAGCAAGCAUAAUCAAUCAAAGCAUAAAAUUUACUCGUCUUCAAGCAUUUAUCACCUUCAACAAUGGCUUGUCACCACAACCCCUCUUUUUUCUUGUUAUUACUUGUCACUUUGUCGUUAACGAGCUACUAUGUAACUCGAGCAGAAGCGCGACAUCUUCUUGAAGUAACUAAGCCCGAGCUUCCUAAGCCCGAAAUGCCACAUCUCCCGGAAAUCCCAACUUUGCCUAAGCCUGAAUUCCCUGAAAUUCCAAAGCCCGAGCUGCCAACUCUGCCAAAGCCUGAAUUGCCUAAAUUUUCAAAACCCGAGCUGCCAACUCUGCCAAAGCCCGUAUUGCCAGAAAUCCCAAAGCCGGAGUUGCCAACAUCGCCGAAACUCGAGAUUCCUGCCAUUCCUAAGCCUGAACUCCCAACUUUGCCAAAGCCAGAAAUCCCUCAAGUGCCUAGAAAGCCUUUACUAACUAGUCAUCAAGCAUUUAUCACUUCAACAAUGGCUUAUCACUACACCCCAUCUUUUUUCUGCUUAUUACUUGUCACUUUGUCUUUAACAAGCAGCUAUAUAAUUGAAGCAGAAGCGCGCAAUCUUCUUGAAGUAACUAUGCCUGAGCUUCCUAAGCCUGAAUUGCCACAUUUACCAGAAAUCCCAACUUUGCCUAAGCCUGAAUUUCCUAAAAUUCAAAAACCCGAGCUGCCAGCUCUACCAAAGCCCCAAUUGCCAGAAAUCCCAAAGCCGGAGUUGCCAACAUUGCCGAAACUCGAGAUUCCUGUCAUUCCUAAGCCUGAACUCCCAACUUUGCCAAAGCCAGAAAUACCUCAAAUGCCUAAAAAGCCUUGAGCGCGAGGCUUAUGAAAUUCUCUUUGCUUCAUGAAGCAACAUUGUUAAAAUUUCAUACUUCAUUGUCUUGUGUGACCAUAGCUAUUUUCCUUUGUUGUGCUAGAAUCAUUUCCAGCUUUCUGUUUUGGAAAGAUUAUUAAUUUGAUUGAUUAUGUAAUUCUUCUGUCAUCGAUCAGCUCACUAAUGUACUUGUGUUUCUAGUGGCAUUAUGCACACAUUGUUUUUGGACUAUAAAAACGUCGUAUCUAUGAGGUGGCUUUUAGCUUAAAGCUAAUUUUGUAGCUCCUUAUUCACUUGCAUUGUAAUCUCCUAUGACUGUUGAAUGUCAUAUUUCAAUAUG